AUGUCAACACACAGAAUCGAACAGUUGGAAGUGUGCCAUCGAGAGAUGUUCGGGGACCUGGUGCUCACCUGUGCUACGUCGACGGGGUCGCCCCCGACGAGGAUGAUCGAGACGUCCGUUACGUACCCCGUGGAGUACCGGAGGACGGUCUCCAUGGACUCCGUGCUGAGGAAGACAUCCAUAGUGGAGAACGAGAGAAGGAGGGCUUCCGCUUUGGUAGACGAGCUUCUGGUGGACAUCUACUACAACAUCCACAGCGGUACGACGGACUACAACUCCGCUACGUCGGGGAAGUCCCACAAGAACUCGUGGGUGGAGGUGGUGAAUUUGCAGGAGAAAGAUACCGCAGAACUAAAAUCCAUCCUAAGCUGCCUGAACACGUACGUUGAGCGCAUGGGCAGCGUCUUGGUGCGACGACUGAAACGUCGCGAUGCCCUGCGUCGUCAGCAGGAAGCAUACUGUGACAUCAUCACAAGGCAACUAGCUAAACGUGAGGGACCCGGAACCGCCGACAUGCGCUUCACGAUCCAGCCGGCCCCGGGGGAGUCGGGCUUCUCGCAGUGGGCGGCCGCGAUGAAGAUGGUGGCCCAGCUGCCGGGCGGCAUCCCCCCCGAGUUCCGCAGAAGGCUGUGGCUGACCCUUGCCGACAGGCACCUGGCGUCGCGCGGAGUCGACUGGCCCAAAGUGGAACGGUCCUGCUUCAGCGAGUGGUCGCACCCCGACGACGCCGAGCUGGGGGUGCAGAUCGUCAAGGACCUGCACCGCACCGGCUGCAGCCUAUUCUGCGGCGAGGACGGCCAGGAAAACCAGGCGCUGCUGAAGAGGGUGCUGCUGGCCUAUGCCAGGUGGAACAAAGCAGUAGGCUACUGCCAGGGCUUCAAUAUGCUGGCAGCGCUGAUCCUCCAGGUUACCGACAAGUGCGAAAGCGACGCCCUGAAGUUGAUGAUCUACCUGAUCGAGGGCGUCCUUCCCGACUCCUACUUCGCGGACAGCCUGAGGGGGUUGUCGGUGGACAUGGCCGUGUUCAGGGAACUCCUCAGGAGCAAACUUCCGCGGUUAUCGAGGCAUCUGGAUACCCUGCAGAAUGCCGCCAAGGACGGCACUAGGAGCUACGAGCCACCACUGACGAAUGUUUUCACUAUGCAGUGGUUCCUGACCCUCUUCUGCAACUGCCUGCCCCAGCCCACCGUGCUGCGCGUAUGGGACUUGAUCCUCCUGGAAGGCAACGAAAUAUUGCUCCGAACGGCCCUAGCGAUCUGGCAGGUCCUGGGGGAGAGGAUCCUCACCGCCCGCAGCGCCGACGAGUUCUACUGCAUCAUGGGCGUCCUCACCAGAGAACUGCUGGAAUUCGGCCUCGUAGACGGCAACUCCUUGAUCAAAGCCGUCAUCGCGAUAGGACCCUUGACAGAACUGAAGAACCUGAGGGAUCACUACCUAUACAACAUCAACCCCUGGGGUCCGUCGCUGCCCCAAGCUGUGGUGGAGAAACAGUUGAAGCUCUACUCGAAGCAGAGCAUCGCGUUGGACAUCAGCGCCUUGAAGAAGCAGUACACCAAGCUUAAACAGCGGCAGAGGCAGGCCCACAUCAUCUUUAGCGCGGCAAUUUCCAGACAAUCUCCAGCCGCAGCUCCCGUUACCAUGAACCAUCUGUUGCUCGGGAAAAGCGCCCUGGUGCCCGCUAAGAGGUUGGGUCCUCCCAAAGGCGCCAUUCCACCGGCCAGGCAGACCCCCAGCACACUACUGUGGAAAGACGCUCCUAAACAAACGUCAAGCUCCAGCUCGAGCGACACGGAAUUAUGUGAUGACGACUCGGGCAAGUCUUCUAGCGAUGAAGAACCCGAGGAAAAGAGUCAAUUCGACGACAAUCUGCCCCGCGAUAGUGAUAAUAUUCUUAUGAGAACUGACAAUACAAAUAAAAGUGCUAAAACCAGUGCCAGUGAACCGGAGGAGACGGUAGAUGUAGAAACAAACUCCAUAGAAGUAGACGUCGAGAGAUCUAGCUCCCCAAGCCAAAGUUUACUGACUGAAAACCCGGAAACACGUGAUACUUUUGUUACCGUAAAAUCAUCCGAAUCCGACGACGAGAAUUUCGAUUUUGAAAGGUUCUUAGCCGACCGCGUAAAAUGCCUUAAGGAAGACGACGUCGUGCAGGAGGAAGAGUCGGAUGACAGGAUAAACUGUGCCAGGAGGAAUAGCGCUAAGGCGCUGCAAAUAAUACAAGAAAAUUCCCUCAUCCUGCACAGGAUACUUCAGUGCCAAUCUAGACUGUCUCCGUCUCCACCUCCUAUUCAAGUGGAAGACAAAACAGACGCGCAUACGGUGCCGUCAAGUCAUUAUCACGAUCCGGUUUUAUUCUAUGAAUCGCAUGCAGAGAUCGAUACUACUACGGACCCAGAUCGUCUGACCCAGAUAUUAUUCGAGGAAAAUACAGAGGAGCUGAAGUCCCCCGAAUACGGUUCGAAAUACACCAGCAUUUUAGAGAAAAGCAAAAGCCUGGAUGAAAAAUACAACGCGUUGAUUUUAAACAUCCCCCCUCUGAAGCAAUCCUUAAGCGAACAGAAGAAUCUUACUAGAAUAUGCGAAGAAAGGAAGUUGAAUAACGACAAUUUUACACAAAAUGAAUUGUUCAAACUUAGUACAAUGGCUGUUGAAAAUAUUUUCUCUAGAGGUUAUAAAAUUGCACCCCCGGAAAAAUAUAACACAGCUACCAGCUCGAAAGAGGAAACUUUAUUUUCUCCUGAAGAACAAAGCAAUAAUUCAAUUAGACCCAAACAAGAACAAACAAAUUCAGAACCCGAAUACGAUUUGGCAACUAAUUUCACAUACAAAGGUUUUUCUUAUCAAACAACAAAAGAUGACGACCACCCGACAUCCGCCUUUAGCUCAUUCUCCUGGAAAAAAGAAUCGGAAGACACAAUUUCCACGGCUUUUAAUUUCGGCAUCAGCGACACUGACUCAGGGAUUGAUUUCACAAGAAGUUCUACGUUCGAUUUAAACCUACCUUCGACAAACUCAUCUUCAACAGAUUUCAACGAGUUUAAAUCUCAAGAUACCGAAAAUGGUCAAGCUGACUCGUCAAACAAAUAUUCUUUCGCUGUCCAGGAGGAAGGACCAGAUGAACAUUCAAAGUUUUAUAAAAACUUAUUGUCGCAGUUGCGCAGCUAUCCGCUUGAAAACGAAAGCGAUACAACCCCUAAAGAAGACUCUCUCGUUACUGGUUUGGACAGAAGGAUUCAAGGGAGUGUGGAACCUUUAUCCGAGAACCGAUCUGAUAUUUUACAAGAUCGAAGCGACGUGAGAGAGUCGCGAGAACCCAGUACGAAUUGUCCCGAGGAUAAAAAGUCUCUUACACUGAACGUAAGCUCGCAAGGGGAAAGCUCAACUUCGAAAUCUCCUCUUAAGUCUCCUUUAAAGUCGCCGAGCAAAGCUUUCAAUCCAUUCCCGGUGCCGUUGAGCUCCAGACAGAGCAAGGAGGUGCCACUCAAGCUGGGACUGUACAAAAAGUGACGGGUCGUUGUUGACUUUAUUGUUCAAAUGCAUCGUGCUUUUAACAUUGUAAAAGACUGCAUCCAAUUGUUAACUAAGCAUAAUAUAACAAUGUGUUAAACAUAUACCGUGUUAAAAUGUACCGAAAUUGGCUUACUAGAUCAACAGAUUCAUGUGGUAAUUGUGGCCUGUUACAUUUAGAGAAUCAAUUGAUAUUUCCAGUAUAUGUAAAGUAGAUCGUUUAAGACUUUUUCUUUUGUUAUAUCCCAUGUCUAUGAUCUAGUCAGCUUAGUAGCAGAUAGGUUGUGGUUUUGUACUAGUUAGCAUCAGUUGAAGGUGUAAUGAGUGAGGCCAACCAGAUUUUAAAGGCUAAUAGUAAAGUUAGUUAGGUAAUACCCUGAAUAUUUAAUAGUCAUGUUUUUUUUUCACUUGAAAAUUAAGAACU